AUAAUGGAUGAUUUAAACCUGCACUACAGAUUUUUAAACUGGAGGAGGAGGAUCCGGGAGAUUCGAGAGGUGCGAGCCAUUCGUUACCAAGAGAGGUUCAAGCAUAUCCUUGUUGAUGGAGACACAUUAAGUUACCAUGGGAACUCUGGAGAAGUUGGUUGUUACGUUGCUCCUCGUCCGCUGACCAAAGACAACAAUUAUUUUGAGGUAUCAAUUGUGGACAGUGGUGUGCGUGGGACCAUUGCAGUAGGGCUGGUGCCUCAGUAUUACAGUUUGGACCAUCAGCCUGGAUGGCUACCGCAUUCAGUUGCCUAUCAUGCUGAUGAUGGCAAACUUUACAAUGGUCGAGCCAAGGGACGUCAGUUUGGGACAAAAUGCAAUUCUGGGGACCGGAUAGGCUGUGGGAUUGAGCCAGUGUCCUUUGAAGUCCAGACAGCACAGAUAUUCUUCACCAAAAAUGGAAAAAGGGUGGGCUCAACAAUAAUGCCACUCUCACCAGAAGGUCUCUUCCCAGCCGUAGGGAUGCAUUCACUGGGUGAAGAAGUCCGGCUCCAUCUCCAUGCAGAGCUGGGCAGUGAAGAGGAAGAUGACAGCAUUAUGAUGGUGGAUAGCUAUGAGGAUGAAUGGGGACGACUGCAUGACGUGAAAGUCUGCGGCACACUCUUGGAAUAUAUAGGGAAAGGGAAGAGCAUCAUUGAUGUGGGUCUUGCACAAGCUCGGCAGCCUUUGAGUACCAGGAGUCACUACUUUGAGGUGGAGAUUGUGGAUCCAGGAGAGAAGUGCUACAUCGCUCUGGGCCUCGCCCGCAAGGAUUACCCCAAAAACCGGCAUCCUGGCUGGAGCAGAGGGUCUGUAGCGUACCACGCAGAUGAUGGCAAAAUCUUCCAUGGAAGUGGAGUGGGGGACCCCUUUGGCCCCCGUUGCUAUAAAGGAGAUAUUAUGGGUUGUGGAAUCAUGUUUCCACGUGACUACAUCCUUGAUAGUGAGGGUGACAGUGAUGACAGCUGUGAUACGGUGGCUAUCCGAGCCAAGCCACGGGGAGUGAGGAAUGUCUUAUAUCUGCAUCAGGAGGCAGAGGAGGAUGAGGAUGAAGAAGAAGAUGGGGAAGACGUGGAACAGGAACACGAGGGCAAGAAAGUAGUGGUGUUCUUCACCCGCAACGGAAAGAUUAUUGGCAAGAAAGAUGCGGUGGUGCCAUCAGGGGGCUUUUACCCCACCAUUGGGAUGCUGAGCAGCGGGGAGAAGGUCAAGGUGGAUCUGCAUCCACUCAGCGGCUAAAGAUCAAGGGCUGGAGAAUACAUCCGGAGGCUGCCGGAUAGCCCCGGCUGUUCUCCAUUGCAACUUCGGCCAUUGCCUCCAGGGGUGAUCUUCUUGACGUGGGGCCAUAUAGAGAUAUUUGUCUAUCUAAUAACACCUGAGCCACUUUUCUUGUCUCUUUCCUGCCUGCUUGAUUGCAACUGUUUGAAUACUGGAAAACUCUUUGAGGCUCUUAUUUCCAGGCGGGUCAGGGAUUCGUUCCUGGAACACAGUCCCUCUCUCUU